AUACCCCUGCACGCUGUCGGCGACUCCAGUCGCCGAUAUGCAUUAUGCAUGUUCAGUGAAAGAGUUCUUGGAAUAUACUGACCCCUGACCUUUAUCCGGGUACUUUCAGACAAGAUGUUUACAUGAACGACGAUUUUCACUUGUAAAGAAGCGUACUUUUCUUAGAAAAUUUCUCGUUAUUUACCGAGGAAUUCUGUGCUACGACCACUGCUAAAACAAUAGGCGCGCACAAUGGAUGUCAAUGAAGCAUUUGGGGAGAUCUUUGGAGACUCUGACUCUGGAGAUUCGGACUUUGAAGAGCCUUUUGUGAGCGGUUCAGACGACGAUGAAGCCAGUGAAGGUACGUGUAAUGAUAAUGAUUUACCGGGGGAAAAUGGCAGCAUUGGUGGGUCGGAUCCUGUCGACGUCCCUGCUGAAAAUCGGCAUCGUGUGGCAAAGGCCGAUGAUGAUGCUGCAUGGAAAGAGGCCUUGCAGAGGGCGUACGAAGACGACUGGUUGACAAAUUUCAGCCAUCAGCAGGGCCAGCUGCUGUAUGAUGCAGAUGAAGAACCAACUGAAUAUGGGAUUUUUUCCCAUUUUUUUGAUGGGGAGGUCAUUGAUCUGCUGGUUCAUGAAACAAACCGAUAUGCUGCAACAACAAUUGCAAGCAAAGGAGGGAUGGAGAAUCUCAGCCAACAUUCACGAUUCAAGAAAUGGAAAGAAGUCCAAGCCAAUGAAAUGAAAGCUUUUCUUGCCAUUAUGUUGUUGAUGGGUAUUGACCGUCGUGCUAACUACGAACUUUACUGGACCACUGAGUGGACAUUGGAAGCACCUGGCAUAAGAUCUAUCAUGUCACGGGAUAGAUUUUACCUGAUUCUUACCUUUUUUCAUUGCACGGACAAUGCCCAACUCACUACACCUGCGGAUGAGAAUCAUGACAGACGGGGAAAAAUAAAAGAGGUUAUGGACAUGAUUGUGGCUCGAUGGCAGACAGCCUAUUACCCAGAUCGAGAAGUGUCUGUCGAUGAAACAAUUAUCCCAUUCAAAGGACGUACUGCCAUGAAAGUGUACAAACCAAAUAAGCCCCACAAAUGGGGAUUGAACUGUUGGAACUUGGCAGAAUCUAAAACGGGAUAUGUCUGGAAAUCAGAACUUUAUCAAGGCAAGCGAAACAACCAAACAGAGGUUGGUUUGUAUCACAAUGUUGUGGCAACUUUGUGUCAGCCCAUCUAUGACAGAGGCCACCAUGUUUACAUGGACAAUUUGUUUACAUCCCCUGCCCUUUUUGAUGACCUCAGUAUCCACGGUACAGGGGCAUGCGGAACCCUACGAACAAAUCGUGUCGGAACCCCAGAGGCAAUAAAGAAGGCAAAGCUGAAAACCAGUGACCCUCUUCUUUCUGUUCGUGAAGGAAAGGCCCUGUAUGUGUCGUGGUUCGACAAAAGACAGGUGAAUAUUGUUUCAACUGUUCACAAUGCGACUACAUUCCAAAAAAAUGUUCGUGCACGAGGCCAAAAGAAUCCUCGCAAGGUGGAUAAGCCUGUCGCCAUUGAGUGUUACACAAGAUACAUGGGAGGAGUUGACCGUUCAGACCAAGGGAUGUGGUAUUACCUUAACAUUCAUAAAACACUGAAGUGGUGGAAAAAGGUAUUUGUCUACAUAUUGGAAGUGAGUUACGUCAACAGCUGGAUAAUCUGGAAAGCCCUGCAUCCUGGCACUAGACAGCGUCCUGAAAAGUUCCGCUUUGCCAUUGUCGAUGGGUUACUGGAAGGAUACGCCAGACCCGGUGGAAGACCAGGAAGAAGAUCUGUGGAUGCACCGAAUCGCUUGACAGAAAGACACUUUCUGGCUGUCAAUCGGAAUCUCACCCCAGCCGGACGUCCAUCCAAACCAGACUGUGUAGUGUGCUCCAAUCGAGCAGUUCGACGACAUCAGACUGAGUAUAUGUGCGCUCAAUGUAAUAAGCCAAUGUGUCCCGCUCCUUGCUUCAGGAGAUACCACACUCUCAUGGACUAUAAAAUAGACUGUCUUCCAGGAUGUCAUCGAUAAAUGCAUGAAACAGAAGAAAACGGAAUCCAAACUUUCAUGCAGAUGUGCACACACACACACACCAUGUACAUGUACAUGUAUGUAAUGCAUGACCAACUUGACCAAGCAUGUGUGGUGUGUGAAAAGUACAUGUAGGUGACCUUAAAUUUUGGGUGAUAUUUUUGGUGAUUUUCAAAAGGUUAUAACUUUUCUAUUGCUGCACCUAGAAAAAUUAUAUUUGUAUCACCAGAAAGGAAAUUUCACCAGGGAAUUUUUUUUUAUUUUGUAAAACCCUCA